AACGCCUCACUGCGGUUCUCAGUCCAGCUCACGCACCCACAUGGCCAAGCUACUGAUAAUCGCAGAGGUGUUCGCAUUCUAUGUCAUUAUAGUGCGUGCACAACAUAAUGAAGGUGAUCGCCACGGAGUUUCAGAGCCAAGCGACUUUGCCACUGGAAGUGAUUCGGGCUUUAGACGACACAGUGAAAAAAUACAUGAAGAUUAUUACAUUUCUAAGCACAUCAAUCAACAAGAUCUCCAGGGAGCAAGUGAUGAUAUAGCUCCCCAUUUCAUCAACCAUAUUGUCAAAACUUCGCGCUCCAGUUCAUAUGGCCCAUCUGCAAUCUUAGACAGGAGUGCUAGAUCGGCUCCUAUAGCACCAAAUGUACGGCCCCUUCCUGACAAUCCCAGUCUGAGAAUACCCUCCGACCCUAACCUUCAUCCCAUAACCUCAAGUCCCAUUGGUAGUCGGGUCCCUUCAGACCCAAACUUGAAACCGAUACCUUCAGAUCCAAAUCUUAGGCCUAUACCCUCUGACCCUAGCUUGCGUCCCAUACCCUCAGACCCCAAUGUCCAGCAAAUCCCAUCAGAUCCAAAUUUAAAACCUAUUCCUUCAGAUUCCAAUCUUAGACCGAUACCCUCUGACCCUAACCUCCGCCCCAUACCGUCAGAUCCGAAUUUAAAACCCAUCCCUUCAGAUCCUAAUCUUAGACCUAUAACCUCUGACCCUAAUCUUCGUCCAAUACCCUCAGAUCUCAAUGUCCAGCCUCUACCUUCAGAUCCAAACUUAAGGCCCAUCAGUUGAGAUCCUGAUGUAUGACUAGUUUUUUCAUAUUCAGAUUUAAGAUCAGUGGUCCCCUAUCCCAGUAACUUACUAAUAUCUAGAUAUCCAAAUUCAAAGUUAAUAUCCUUCCUGUGUAAUAUUAUAAAUAUAACUUUGCCCUCAUCGCUCCACAUCCCAUAUUGAGGCCUCUAGCCAUAAUUCUUACAAAGGACCAAUUUCGUUGGCUCCCUGCGCCCAUUCUACACCCCAAGCCAGUACACCUGACCAUUACACUCUAUACCCAUGUUCGUCCAUAAUUUAGUGACUUCACAAACUACUGCGUUCUAUGUAGACUAUUUUAAACUGUGUGACACUUUUAAUAUUUUCAGAAAUGUUGUGUGAUGUACCACAUUAAUAAUUUUAACUUUAUGCCGUUUAAACAA